CCUCCCCUCGCAGUGGUUCCCCUUAACACGACGAACGCCAUCACCGCCUCAGCCCCGCACCGUGACCUGACCACCGGCGGAAUGAGGAGCGUGGUCAUAGCGAUGGGUCUUUUGGGUCUGGCCGUCUUCUGCCUCCUCCUGGGACCUCUUACCGCCAAGGAACUCUCUUCGAAGCAUCAACAGAGAGGGAGAAGUGCCUUGCCCGAAGCUUCUGAAGGGGCGAUGGAAGAAACACGUGAAGGAGAGGAUGCCGCCGCGGGAAGCCUCAACGCCGACGUGACAGAAGGGGGAAACGCGCGCCCUGCAGUACUAAAACCAGGGGCAAAAUACGACACUCCUUCCCAAAAGCCGCCCAAGAAAAAUAAGAAAAAGAAAGGAUGCAAGCCGGAGAGAGCGUGCGUCCAAAAGAAGGGAAGUUGCCGCCGGCGAUGCAAGAAGAAUGAGAAGGAUUUGGGACCGCUCUGUUCAGGGAAGAAGAAACGAUGUGUCUGCUGUGGGGGAGACAAGAACAAGAAGAAGAAGAAGAAGAAGAAGAAGUGUCGACAAGGUGGUUCCUGCUCUGGACGAGGCCGCUGCAAGACGAAAUGUCGGGGUGGGGAACAGGAAGAAAAACACGCGACCUGCCCUUCCUCGGCCUGCAAGUGCUGUCUGACUACAAAGGAAGAGAAGUGUGAGCCCUACAGCCAACAGUGCAGUGACAAGGGCGGGAAUUGUAAGACCAAGUGUGCUCGUCACGAAGAGAAGCUGUGGGGGCUGUGUGGUGCCGGGAACUGCGCGUGCUGUGUUGCCCUCCCGACCCUGACCCCGCCCCCGCAGUGUUCGUACGAGCCCCAGUGUUCCAAGCUGGGCGGCUCCUGCAAGACGGUGUGUGCCAGGAAGGAGGAGGAGGUGCUGGGAGUGUGUCAAGGCUACCUGUGUACUUGCUGUGUGCCCUCUACCAAGUGUACCCCAGAAGUCAAGUGUAGCCUGCAGGGGGGAAGCUGCAAGGCCCAGUGUGGCGCUUACGAGGAGAAGCUGUGGGGGCUGUGUACUGGCGAGGGCUGUGUCUGCUGCGCGCCCCCUAAGAGCCAGUGUACGCCAUAUGCAGGAUGCAGCGACAAGGGUGGGUCAUGCAAGGACAGCUGUGACGCCUCCGAGGAGAAGCUCUGGGGUCUGUGUGGCGCUGGGAGCUGCGUGUGCUGUGCCGCGGCCCAAAAGUGUACGGUCGACCCCCUGUGUUCCAAGUUGGGCGGCUCCUGCAAGGCGGUGUGUGACUUGAAGGAGGAGAAGGAGGUGCUGGGAGUGUGUCAAGACUACGAGUGUACUUGCUGCGUGCCCUCUACACCGACCUGCAAGCCGAAAUAUGAAUGCACGGCCCGAGGAGGAACCUGCAACACAUACUGCGCGGCGGACCAGGGCGAGGAGGAGCUGUGGGGGCUGUGUGAGGGGAGCACCUGUACCUGUUGUCUGCGUGACAAGUGCUCGGCGUCCAAGCAAUGCUCAGCGCUGGGGGGCGAGUGCGUGAAGGAGUGUGGCUACGGGAAGGUGGUGACGGACCUGUGUGAGGGGAAGGGAUGCCUCUGCUGUGUGCGCGACACAGGUGACAAGUGCUCGGCGUCCAAGCAAUGCUCAGCGCUGGGGGGCGAGUGCGUGAAGGAGUGUGGCUACGGGAAGGUGGUGGCGGCCCUGUGUGAGGGGAAGGGAUGCCUCUGCUGUGUACGCGACACAGGUGACACGUGCUCGGCGUCCAAGCAAUGCUCAGCGCUGGGGGGCGAGUGCGUGAAGGAGUGUGGCUCCGGGAAGGUGGUGGCGGCCCUGUGUGAGGGGAAGGGAUGCCUCUGCUGUGUGCGCGACACGCCGCCACCAACCUGCACACACACCACCCAGUGCACGGAUAAGGGUGGCUACUGUGCCUACGACUGUCCGGAUGGGAGACAAAUGCCCGGGCUGUGUGACGGGAAGAACUGCGAGUGCUGCUUCAAUUACCAGUGCGCGGCAAACUCCACCUGUAGCGAAGUGGGGGGUUACUGCACUCACUCCUGCUGCGGUGGAACGGAGGUGCCGAGGCGCUGCAUCGGUGAAGGCUGCCAGUGCUGUGUGUUCCAACAUGAGUGCAAAGGCUCGGCCGCCUGCAACGAGAAGGGCGGCCGCUGCACCAAGGACUGCCCCGACGGCGACUCCCUGCCUGGGCUCUGCGAGGGGACGAACUGCAAGUGCUGCUUCGUCGCCCAGUGCUCGGCGGACACCAAAUGCUCUGCCGUGGGAGGGUUCUGCGCCAAGAAAUGCAAUGAAGGAAGUGUGGUGCCCAAACUGUGCAGCGCAGCGGACGAUUGCAAGUGUUGUCUUAGCGCCCCUGUGUGUGUACCCGAUCAGCGCUGUCUCGCGAAGGGCGGCUACUGUACCCAAUCCUGUACCGAGUGGUUCUUCGUGGACGGCCUCUGCGCGGGUGACAACUGUACCUGCUGCUUCGACCCCGUCUGCACGGCGAAGGGGUCUUGUACGGAGGUGGGCGGGUACUGUACGCAGAGGUGUCCGGACGAGAAUCUUACGCUGGAGGGCUUGUGCGAGGGGCGGGACUGCCGAUGCUGCCUGCCCAAGCCUGAGUGUCCCGCGCGGCAACCCUGCACGAACAAGGGCGGCCGCUGCAUCUCCUCCUGCCCUCAAGACCAGCAGCUGUCGGGCCUCUGUGUCGGCGGUGAAUGCAACUGCUGCUUCACGCCUCAGUGUUCCAGCGGCGAGGAGUGCACGAAACUGGGCGGGUGGUGUACCAAGACUUGCGAGAAGGGAGACGGGCCGGUCGACGUGGUUGCUAUAGCCGACCGAUGCGAAGGGACUGACUGCGUGUGUUGCCUCCCGCGGCCGUGCACUACCACUACGAGGUGUGCGGCCAAGGGUGGGUACUGUGCCCCGAAUUGUCCAGAGGGGCGAAGUGUGGAAGGCUCCUGUGACGGCUCCCAGUGCCAUUGUUGCCUCCCGGAAGCCGAGUGUAAGGCGCUGCAAAGCUGUACCUCCCUGGGCGGGUUCUGCUCCCACGUCUGCCCCAAAGACAAGACCCUGGCCGGCGAGUGUUCGGGGAAAGGCUGCCGCUGCUGUGAAGUUACGCAUUGUGAGUCCAAUCUGCGAUGUCUCAAGCUGGGCGGACACUGUAGCGACGAGUGUAAGGCGGACCAGAAAGUCGACGGGAUAUGUUCAGGGACUGAGUGCGCCUGUUGCUUCACGCCGCUUUGCAAGUCGAAGCCCUCCUGCACCGAGAAGGGAGGAUACUGCGCUCAGGACUGCCACGGGGGGACGGCCUUGACGGGGCUUUGCGAGGGGGAAUACUGUCUAUGCUGUCUACCGCCUCCGGAGUGCAAGGCGGCCUCCCGGUGUACUGCGCUGGGUGGUCACUGUACACCGUCUUGCCCCGAGGAGCAGCACCUGGUGGGGCAGUGUGACGGCGCAGGCUGCAAGUGUUGCCUGACCCCGCAGUGCAGGCCGUCGAAUCGCUGUGCUGAUGCAGGCGGUGUCUGUAACAAGGGGUGUAAGGAUGGCCAGGGCGUAGAAGGCUUAUGCGAAGGCCCGGGCUGUCUCUGUUGUAUUUCACCCGUCUGCAAACCUAAGGCAGCGUGCACAGAGAAGGGCGGCUACUGUACCAAGAAGUGUCCCAGCGAACAGAAAGUUGAAGGCCUGUGUGAGGGGUCUGGCUGUACUUGCUGCUUCGUGCCCGAAUGCCCGACGGUGCCCCAGUGUAAGGAUGCGGGCGGGUUCUGCACUCCUGACUGCUCCGAGGGUCAAGUUGUGAACGGUCUCUGUGGUCAAGGGAACUGCCAAUGUUGCCUGCCAAAGCCUGCCUGCGCGCCCAAGACCAGCUGCACGGACAAGGGUGGUCAGUGCACUCAGAAUUGUACCACCGGAAGAGCCAUGGCCGGCCUGUGUCAAGGAGAGAACUGUAACUGCUGCUUUCAACUUCAGUGUAGCCGCGACACCCGAUGCUCUGAGGUUGGAGGCUACUGCUCGCGACACUGUGCUGCUGGAAAGGCCGUAGCGAAGUUAUGUGAAGGGGAUGGCUGCCUCUGCUGUGUGGCUGCCUCCAAGUGCCCCGCCAGUCCAGCCUGUAAUGAGGUGGGCGGCUGCUGUACCGAGACCUGUCCUGAUGGUAAACACAUUGCCGGCCUUUGCGAGGGUCCAACAGGCUGUACAUGCUGUUUCUCCCCGGAGUGCUCGCCCGCCCAGCCCUGCACCAAGGCGGGAGGAUUUUGCACCAAGAAGUGUUCCUAUGGCGAGGUGCUGCCCGGCCUGUGUAAUGGUGACGGCUGCCUCUGCUGCUCUCUGGCGCCUCCACCUACGUGCUCGCCCAGUAAAAGGUGUACGGCGGAGGGCGGGCAUUGCGCUGAGGUCUGCACGGCGGGGGAGGUGGAUAACCCGGUACUGUGUGACGGAGAGUACUGCCGGUGCUGUCUUCCCGUCUCCGGCUAUGGUCUUUGAUUGAGUGGCAGGAGACCGGUGGAUGGGAAGGGAUUGAAGGGAUUGGCGCCCCCCCUCUCCCCCCCCCCACACACACCAGCACCACCCACCCACCUCUUAGAUAACCGUCACCGUGGACCUAUGAUCGUUGUGGCCUCCUGGUGUUCACUGCAAUCCCGUUUUCUUGAGUUUGUUUCCAGCACGACCUGCACAUCACUGAAGCGUGUGUGUGUGUGUGUGUGUGUGUGGUAGAAAUCUGUAUCGCGUACAAAGAACAAUAUUAUAUUAACCCGUCCGCUGCGAUUGGCACGGAUUUCGCCUUCACUGGUAGCCUGGUAACAUAUGCUCCCAGGUCCUUCUCUGCCUCUGUGGUGGAUAGUGGAGUGUUUCCCAUGUGGUAUUGGUGUGCUGGAUAUCCCUUCACUGGUAGCCUGGUAACAUACACUCCCAGGUCUUUCUCUGCCUCUGUGGUGGAUAGUGGAGUGUUUCCCAUGUGGUAUUGGUGUGCUGGAUAUCCCUUCACUGGUAGCCUGGUAACAUAUGCUCCCAUGUCUUUCUGUGCCUCUGUGGUCCAAAUUCCUAAUGCAAGAGUUAACCAGCAUCUUCAUUCUUUCAUCCCUUCCACUGAUAAAUUCUGGAACAGCCUUCCUUCGUCUGUAUUUCCUCCUGCCUACGACUUUAAGUUUUUCAAGAGGAGAGUAUCGAGACAACUCUCCUCCUGAAAUCGACCUCUUUUGGCCUCUCGUUCUGUUUUCUUUAGUCGGAGCAGCGCCUGACGGACCUUUUUUUGUUGUUUUUUGCCCUUGAGCUGCAUGCCUCCCUUGCCUUAUAAAUCAUCCCCCUUCUUCCAUACAUAUAAUAAUGGGGUUCAUCUCUACAAUGUCAAUAGAUAGCACUGAACCACGGGAGUCUGGCAGUGUGUAGGGAUGAAGAGGUACGCGUAUACAACAUGACGCCUGAUUGUAUAAACGUCAUGUUGGUCUUCAUCAACUCUACUGUGGCUGACUCGUCCUCCGUGGCGCGUGUUUCAAGGCGUGGUGAGCUGGGAAGAGGAGAGGGAAGGAAGGAAGAAGGGAGGGAAGGAAGGAAGGGAAAGAAAAGGAGAAAGGAAGAAGGGAGGAAAGAGGAGGAAAAGAAGAAAUAGUUUUGGAGAAAGGAGGGAAGAAGAGAGAAAGGAGGAAGGGGAAGGAAGGAAGGGAAAGAAAAGGAGAAAGGAAGAAGGGAGGAAAGAGGAGGAAAAGAAGAAAUAGUUUUGGAGACAGGAGGGAAGAAGGGAGGGAAAGGAGGAAGGGGAAGGAAGGAAGGGAAAGAAGAGGAGAAAGGAAGAAGGGAGGAAAGGAAGAGAAAAAUAAGAAAUAGUUUUGGAGGAAGGAGGGAAGAAGAGAGAGAAAGGAGGAAGGGGAAGGAAGGAAGGGAAAGAAGAGGAGAAAGGAAGAAGGGAGGAAAGGAAGAGAAAAAUAAGAAAUAGUUUUGGAGGAAGGAGGGAAGAAGGGAGGGAAAGGAGGAAGGGGAAGGAAGGAAGGGAAAGAAGAGGAGAAAGGAAGAAGGGAGGAAAGGAAGAGAAAAAUAAGAAAUAGUUUUGAAGGAAGGAGGAAAGGAGGAACUAAAGGAGGGAGGGAAAGAGGAGAAAGAGAAGAGAAGGGAGGGAAAGGAAGAAAGGAGGAAAGGAAGAGAAAAAUAAGAAAUAGUUUUGAAGGAAGGAGGGAACGGAAGAAAAGGGAGAGGAAAGGAAUCUAAAGAGUACAAGGAAUAUGACAAGAAAGGAAGGAAGGGGAGGGAAAAAGAGGAAGAGGAAGAGGAAGAGGGAAAAAAAAGGAUAGGAAAAAAAUAUCGAGAGUAGAAGAAAUAUAACUAACGGAUAAUGUAUGAAGGAGAGGAAACAGGUGAAGGAAGGAGGAAGGAGGAAGGGAGGAGAAAAAGAGGAGAGGAAACGAAGGAGAGACGGCUGGUGUUAUUUUCCCAACAUAUCUGACACCCGAGUUUGUGAUUGCGGUAACCACUCUCACGGCACGCCUGCCAACACUAUAAUCGCUAUGCCACUGUGUAUCUACCAUGUAUUAAACUUGUAUCCUCUC